GCCAGAGGUUGGUGCGGGGUUUGAACCCAGACGGGUGCCUGGGACCCGUGUGCUAGCAGCCAUCCUGCUUCCACAGCCCGCUGUGUUCGGCAGCCACUGGAUUUCUCGGGCAAGGCAGCCUGUCCUGCAAUGACCCAGUGCACCUGAGGCCCAGCAGUCGUGGGGAUGGAGCUGAAGGUCUGGGUGGAUGGGAUCCAGAGGGUUGUGUGCGGUGUCUCAGAGCAAACUACCUGCCAAGAAGUGGUCAUUGCCCUGGCACGGGCCAUCGGUCAGACAGGCCGCUAUGUGCUGGUGCAGAAGCUGCGGGAGAAGGAGCGGCAGCUGCUGCCGCUGGAGUGCCCCCUGGAGUCCCUGGCCAAGUGUGGACAGUAUGCCAACGACGUGCAGUUCAUCCUGCGGCGGACAGGCCCCAGCAUGACCGAGCGGCCCUCCUCAGAGGGCGCUCCGCAAGCUCCCGAGAGGACGUUCAUCCGGGCCAGUUUGCCCAUCAAGCCCAGGCUCACCAGCAUGGAUGCACCCCGUUCUCGGGAGCCGAAAAAAUCCAUGACCUUCAACUUGGGUCCUACAGGCUCCAGCGACCCGUUCGCUGUGAGCCGAUGGAGGCACCAAACACGGGAAGGGAUCGACUUGGAGGGUGGGGGGAUUGUCCAACCCUCCAAAGAGGAGCUGUUUAGGAGGGUGCUGCAGCAGCAGGAGCAGCUGCAUUCCUUGGAGGCCCAUGGGGACACCCUGGAAAUGGACCUACGGCUCUGGGAGCGCAACCGGCUUGCCGGCCAGGAGAAUGAGAUCCUCUAUCUGGAGCAACUGGUACGAAGGAAUGAGACAGAGCUGGGCGAGGAGGAAUUUUGGCAGAGCGAGCUCCGGCUGGAAAAGGAGUGUGAGCGAGAGCGGCAGGAGCGGGUUAGAAGCCUGCGGGCCAGCCUGGAGGAGUACACCCAGAGGAUCUUUGAGCUGAGUGCCCGGACUGAAGCCCUGCAGGAGGAGAUCCAGUGGGAGAUGGCUGAGAGGGCCAAGAGGGGGAAGGAGAUCUCUUUGCCCAGCCCCAUAGAGCUGGAGGACAUGGCCACCAAAAUGAAAAGGGACCUGGAGGCCAAGGUCAAGCAAGGGACCCAGCUGGAGAGCAACCUGGCCAGUGUGGAGAAGGCCCUGGAGGAAGCUGAAAAGAACUUGCAGGCCCAGACCCAAGAGCUGGAGGAGUUAAAUAAGGAGCUGAGGCAGUGUAAUUUGCAGCAGUUUAUUCAGCAGACGGGGGCCACGGUGACUGUCCUGCAGGCCAGGUCUGAGGAGGAUGCCCAGCCGGAGCCGAGCCCGUGCGAGCUGCCAGCCUACCGGAGAAACGGAGGUUUUCCUCCCACCGCUGGUACCGACUCACCUCCCCGAGUCAGCACCAAGCAGCUCCUCAGCCAUCCCAGGACCCUGCCGGAGCCCCUGGUGUCCAGCCUGAAUCCCGAGGUUGUAUCAACCAGGCAGAACAUCUGGAGGUAGAAGGGCCCAGGCAGUGAAGGAUCAAUUGCCUUGCAAGUGUAACUGUAUAAAUAAACCAUAUUAUAUAUAUAUAUUUUAUAUUUUUUUUUUACUGCUUUAUAUCGUGAAUGGAUGUGGACGGCCAGACAGAGUAUUUUUACAGACUAUAAAAUAAAACCAGAGACUGACGACACAAAGCAACCAUCUUCCCCUGCGGAUGAAAGUGACCCCCUUCUACUUUUUUUAAAGCAGUUUCUAUAUUCAACAGAAAACAGCGGUGCUCCCAUUCUGCAUAGCCUCCUCAAAAGAUCCAUCGUACAUUUGGAAAAGUCCUUGUUCCUUUGACUAAGGGAGCAGAGCUGCAGUGGAGACCUGCCUGGAGACUCACCUGGAUGGAGCAAGUUAACAGAUUUUACAGCAUCUGGUCGCAGCAAGCAGGGCCAUGACAAACAGCCUCUUCGCUGGCUGCAGGGGAGGCACAAGAGCAGCUUUAAGACAAAUUUCUGACCCCUCUUUUCUUAUAUAUAUUAUAAGAAACCUGUAGUAGAAGCCCAUUUUCCAUGGUGCCAUGGACCACGCUUGAAGGGAGCAAUGGAGCACAGAGCAGGAGCUUGUUUUUCUCAUAUCCACUUAGUUUUUCAACUUGUUUUUAAAAUAAAAAAUUGCAGAAUGAGCCCUUCCUCAGUGGUGAUGUGAGUGGGGAGCAGGACCAAAACGUUCUUGGUGACAUUUCCCCUGGGGGUUUUUUUGAUUCUUUUUUCUGUUUGUUUUUUUUUUAACUCUUGAUGGCCAGUAGCUACUGUUUUGUUCAUCUGUCCUCUGUCCCAGUGGGUUGCCUUGUAUUUUAAUUGCAAAACCAAAGCGGUUUGGGGAGGGAAUGAGUUUGUCCAGAUCCUCAAGCCUGUUUUCAACGCGUCAUAUGCAAAAAACAUGACUUGGGCACAGCGUUCACCGUAAAAUCCUGCUUUCCCUGUGCGAAUGUAAUCCUGUGUGCUGCAGAUCCAGUUUUCAAUAAAUCUUUGGGAAAGGAUUUGAGCCAAGUGAGCGUGCUGUUGUGGGCAGGGUGAGCCAUCUCUGACAGCUCCUGGUCUGGUGCCUGACGGACACAUCUGAGCUGUUUGUGCACCCUGCAGCUGCCUCUUUCGUUUCCAAGCCAUCUCUUUCUA